UAUGGGAAUUUCUCCUCCCAGCUAGCGUCAGCUACAUCUGUGUCUGUCAGGGAGGACAGUAGUAUUAGCAGGGAUCAAGCAUCAUCUCUUUUCCUUUCUGCCACAGACACUGACUGAGAUCCAACUUCACUGAAAGGGAGUGAGCGUCACCAGCCAGUCUACAGCAGUUCAGGGGAAAGUUCACCCCUCCUCUUUCUCUCUCUCUCUUUCUCUCCUCAUCAGAAACCUUCCUCUACUCCUCUAGAGCAUUGGUUAAUUCACAAAUAACAAAGUAAGGAUGCCAUGCAACUUGUGGAUAAUCUUCUUCAUUGGACUGCUACGUUGACUGAUUUCUCUCCAUUUUUUCUCUCCGAAAGAGAUGUCCUCUUCUCUGUAGUCAACGUCUGAGCGGUGACAACUACAGCCUUCUACUUCCCGACAUACAAUAUUACUCUGGGAUCUAUAUAUCUGGACUUCUGUAGCAUGUUGGGAUACUGUCAGUUAGAUUUCUCAUCCGCUGUGACCUCAUCCUCAUCCUCUUUCCCAGGGUUGUGAUUACACUUUUCAGCCCUGAGAUUAACCUUGAGAGUUCAGAGCAAAACAAAAGGAUUAAAUAUUAACUGGGAGAAUCUAUCUUCACACAUCAAGAAGAUCCUGCUGUCACACUGAAGGCAACGGGGCUUGAAUAGUGAAAGUCAACUGAUAGCCUACUCAAGAUGGCAUACCCAACAGAUUACUCUCUCAUAGCCAUACCACUCAUACCACAAUAAGGACAACGUUAGAGAAACAACAUGGAAGGUGGGGGAAUACAGAACUUGUCCAUAAAUGGCAAUGCAUCAGACAUCCACCCUGUCACACACAGUCUAUGGGAGGUCAUAACCAUAGCAACUGUGUCGGCCAUCGUGAGCCUGAUUACGAUAGUGGGGAACGUCCUGGUGAUGCUGUCGUUUAAGGUUAACAGCCAGCUGAAGACAGUCAACAACUACUACCUGCUGAGUUUGGCUGUAGCUGACCUCAUUAUAGGUGUGUUCUCUAUGAACCUCUACACCUCCUACAUACUGAUGGGAUACUGGGCACUGGGGAGUGUGGCUUGUGACCUCUGGUUGGCUUUGGACUACGUGGCCAGUAAUGCGUCAGUGAUGAACCUGCUGGUAAUCAGUUUUGACCGGUACUUCUCCAUCACCAGACCCCUGACCUACAGAGCCAAGCGCACCCCCAAACGAGCUGGGGUCAUGAUAGGCAUGGCCUGGCUGGUGUCCCUCAUCCUGUGGGCCCCUCCCAUACUGUGCUGGCAGUAUUUUGUGGGGAAAAGGACAGUCCCUGAAAGGCAGUGUCAGAUCCAGUUCUUCUCGGAGCCAGUGAUAACAUUUGGGACAGCCAUUGCUGCGUUUUACAUCCCAGUGUCAAUCAUGACCAUCCUGUACUGUCGGAUCUACAAGGAGACGGAACGUCGCACCAAGGACCUCGCUGAGCUCCAGGGCAUCAACAGUUCCACAGACACUGGUGUCACCAAGCCCCAGAAAACCAUCAUUAGAUCCUGCUUCAACUGCAAGCAGCUCAGCUCUGCCUCCCGCGACAGAACCCAGGCCUCCUGGUCCUCCUCCAACAGGAGCAAUGCAGCCAAAUCAGCAGCAGCCACCAACGACGAGUGGUCCAAGAGUGAGCAGCUGACCACCUUCAACAGCUAUGCCUCCUCGGAGGACGAGGAGCGGCCCGUGUCCCCGGGGGCCUUUCAGCCCACCUGCCGGAACCAGGAGUGUAGGCAGAGCACGGGUGCAGCGGGCUGUGAUAAAGAACAGCUCAGCAGUUAUGAGGAGAACAACUUCUUCCACACGCCACCAAAGACCAACUCCCAGAAGAGCAAGAAGUGUGUGUCCUACAAGUUUAAACCAGUUCCCAAAGACACUAGCAGCGGUGCCCAGCAAAGCAAGAAUGGGGACACUAACAUGGCCCCAUCAUCUUUCUCUUCAGCUGACUCUAUGAGUGCCCCACCCUCCACCUCCUCCUCCAAGCCAAUAGACACCACUCUGAAGAUCCAGCUGACCAAGAGGAAGAGGAUGGUGCUGAUUAAGGAGAGGAAGGCUGCCCAGACUCUCAGUGCUAUCUUGCUGGCCUUUAUCCUGACGUGGACACCAUACAACAUCAUGGUGCUCAUCUCCACCUUCUGCUCUGACUGUAUCCCUGUGUCUCUCUGGCACCUGGGCUACUGGCUGUGCUAUGUCAACAGUACAGUCAACCCAAUGUGCUACGCGCUCUGCAACAAGACCUUCCAGAAGACCUUCCGCAUGCUGCUGCUCUGUCAGUGGAAGAAGAAGAGAGUGGAAGAGAAACUUUACUGGUACGGGCAAAACCCUGUAGUGAGCAGCAAGCUAACAUGAGCCAUUCACACCUUCCUUCAGAGGAACGAGUAUGAAGACUAUAUGACUCGAUAGAUG